GCUGCCCCCAAGCGCCUCGGGCUCCGGAGUGGAUUACCGUAUCCUAUUCCUGACAGCCAUUCACGGCAGCCUAGCUGGCUGUCCGUUUUACCUCUCUCUCCUUCCUUCCUUCCCUCUCUUCGCCUUCUCCUCUUCCAUCACCAUCUCAGCCCUCCAGCCCCCACCCCAUCACUACAAUACUACUCACCUCCUUAUCCCACAUUCCUUCCCCCGAGUAGACUAAGAUUCGCUGGUUUAUAGGGUUAUCCCGCAUCCAUCAUCGUCCAAGCCUGUCGUCAUAAUUUCACUCUUGAGCCCCCCAUCCGGACGGCCCUAGCGAAAGCUUAAAGUUGAGCCCCCAGCAUGGCCUCAUCGAUUGUAUUCGCUGCUUGCCCACCAGCUCUGGCCCAGCUCGUCGAACCCUAUGCCACCAGGAUCGGUCUGCACACACUUCCGCUUCACAUCCACCAGGUGAUAUUUGCACUCGUAAUCUACCACCUUAUCUUCCUUAUCUCACCGACACUUUCCGCCUUCAUCUUCCCGAAAACUUACCGCAACUUCGACAGACGGACCAAGGUCAACUGGGAUGUGCAUGUUGUUUCCCUUGUUCAGAGCAUCCUCAUCUGCACUUUGGCGAUAUGGGCCGCCUACCAUGAUCCGGAGCGGGACGCGUGGAGUAAGGAUGAGGCUUCCAUGAUGAAACGAACUUUCGGAUACAGUCCUAUCCAGGGCGCCGUUCAAGCCUACGCGGAAGGGUACUUUGUUUGGGACCUGCUUAUGAGUGCGUGGCAUUUGGACAUCUUUGGGCUCGGGUUUCUAGCGCAUGCUGCCAGCGCCGUAAUUGUUUUCAGCCUGGGCUUUGUGCGUACUCGCUUUUUGUCUUUUUUCGCUUAAUGGUGGUGGUGGCACAAGGAUUUUUAGCUAACGCCCCUGUUCUUCUUGCACGAGUCCAGAGACCUUUCGUCAAUUAUUGGGCGUGCGUAUUUGUGCUGUUUGAGAUCUCUAGCCCAUUUCUCAAUAUUCACUGGUAACAACAUCUCACCUCCGACCUCCCAGCUACCACCGCUUGUUAAAUGCUAAACAAUCAAUAGGUUCUGUGAUAAAACAGGAAUGACCGGGUCACUCCUCCAACUGAUAAACGGCUUCUUCCUUUUGACCAGCUUCUUCUGCUGCCGUCUCAUCUGGGGAACUUGGAAUGCACUAUUAGUCUUUGGUGACCUCCUCGCCCUCUACAAAAACCCGCCACCAGCCCUGCGCCCAUUGGACCAUGACCCUAUCCAGCCGGACCAUCCCGAAACCGAUGAAAUCGUCGUCCACGCAUUCGCUGGAAAGGAUCUCCCAUUCUGGCUCUUCAUGGCCUACCUCGGCUCCAACAUCAUCCUGAACCUGCUGAACUAUUACUGGUUCUGCCGGAUGAUCCAGACCGUCAGUGCAAGGUUUACGAAGAAGGAAGAGCCGGUCAAGAAGGAGAAGGAAAAGGGGGGGAAUAUUAAGGUGGAUGCCGACGGAAAGGUCUGGGUCGAGGGGACGGAUGUAAACGUUGGAACCACAGUGGAGGUCGCGAAGGAGAAAUUGAAGAAGAGAACUGUCACCAGGCAAGCUUAAGGCUGCGCUUUUCCUCCCUUCCUCUCCUAUGGUUUCCUCUCC